AAGAGCAAUUCGGGAGGGGGAAGGACAGAAUAACCCGGGGAAAAUCUUCAGAGUGUGCCGGUAUCUGUCUGUAUUGGGAAAUGUAGCGAAUUGUCCUCACUGGGGCAGCAAGUGGCAACGGGGUGUCAUUCACUUGGUUCGCUUUUUUUUACUGUAAACAAAUCGAAGUGUGUCAUCUUUUCACUGGGCUGUGAAGACGCGCAGAGGUUAAUUGUGUUACAAUCCCUUUCCAUUUUACCGAUCACAUAAACAGUUCUUGGUCAUUUCAAGUUGAUCUUCCUGCAGCAGAUUGUAGUGUUCGUUCCAGGAAGUACUCCUGCUCUAAAUCUAAAAGCAAUGGAAUAAUAAAUCUCUUCCUUAUUUCAAGGAUAUUGUAAUCCGCCGCGUGUGUCGUUUUGAAAAUGUCUCUUAUUGAUGACCUUGAUAAUGAGUUGCUGCAGUUGCUGUUUCGGCAGCAGUCUGGAUCACCUCCAGAUGAGGAAUUUGGUGAUGGGACCAAUUUCAUGAUGGACUGGGGACUGGGUGAGCAUGAUAUACUAAAUGACCAUGACACUGAAGAUUUCUUCAACUCCAUCAUCGGUUCUUUUGAGGAUGAGGCCAACACAAUAUCCUGGUCUCCAUUAGAUAGUGACAGUGGAAUAUCAGAAGACAACAAUAACAAUUGCACUCACGAAGAUAGUCCGUCAAGCAGUGAUGUUCCACUGACUGAUAGCCCGUCAUUUUCUGAAGUUGUACAUUCUGACCAUAACUAUUCACUUCAUCAGGACUCACAGACUGAAGUCAAUUGUUUGCUUAGCGUAAGGACUGAGAAUCCUUCAACGGAAACUGACAUCUCAAUUGAUUUAGGUUAGUGUUAAGAAGAGAUU